AUUGUUCGUAUCGGGACAUGAAUGCCUCGUAAAAGCCAUUCCGUAGUCUACCCACCGUCUAUUCAUCCAAAAAAACCCCAAAAUGCCCCAACCCUCAGACUCAGACACCCUCCUCCUAGCCCGCAUCGGCUACAAACAAGAACUCCGCCGCGAAUUCUCCAAAUACUCCACAAUCUCCUACGCCAUCUCCAUCCUCGGUGUCCUAGGCUCCGUCCCUGCAACCUUCGGCGCCCCCCUCGCAUCCGGCGGCCCAGCAACAGCCGUCUGGUGCUGGUUCCUGGGCUCCUGCAUGGCGAUGUGCAUUGGCAGUUCUGUGGCGGAACUUGUGUCGGCGUAUCCUACGGCUGGGGGAAUGUAUUUUGUGACCAAGUUUGUGGUGCCGGAGGAGAAGGUGCCUGUUUUUUCGUGGGUGCAGGGGUGGUGUAAUUUGCUGGGGCAGACGGCGGGGGUGUCGAGUGUGGCGUAUACAGUUAGUCAGAUGGUUUUGGCUGGGGUGAGUAUGAGGUCGGAUAUGGUGGAGGGAAGGUAUUCUUAUGAGCCGACCGCGCUGCAAACCGUUAUAUUAUCUAUUGUCCUCUUGUGUAUCCUGGGCGUGAUUAGCUCGUUGACAACAAAGACCCUGCACCGGAUAAUCCUCUGGUUUGCGCCGAUAAACAUCUCCGCAACAAUCGCCAUCUGCUUCGUUCUCAUAUAUGCCACCCCAGACAAACAACCAGCCAGCUGGGUAUUCACCCACUUCACAGACGGCUCAGGAUGGGGCUCCAAGAUAUUCUCCUUCUUCCUGGGUUUCCUCGCCGUCGCAUGGACAAUGACAGACUAUGACGGGACGACACAUAUGUCUGAAGAAACCCACAACGCAGCCUCCUUAGGUCCCCUCGCCAUCCAAACCGCCGUCCUAGUCUCCGGCGCAAUGGGCUGGAUGUUAACCGUCUGUCUAUGCUUCUGCGUGACUGAUCUUGAUGAUAUUCUAAACACGCCAACUGGUCUCCCCGCAGCACAGAUCUUCCUCAAUGCAGGUGGGAAAACCGGAGGCACGAUUAUGUGGGGACUAGCGACGCUCGUGCAGUUCUUCACUGGUUGUUCGGCCAUGUUAGCUGAUACACGAAUGGCGUAUGCCUUUGCCCGUGACGACGCAUUACCAUUUUCCUCAACCCUCUCAAAAGUCCACCCAAAAACCCACACCCCCCUCAACGCCGUCUGGUUCGUCGUAGCAUCCAGCAUAGCCCUCAACACAAUCGCCAUCGGCUCCACCCAAACCGCCACCGCGAUCUUCAGCAUCACAGCGCCCGCGCUCGACCUCUCGUAUGUCUCCGUGAUCUUCGCGCACCGGUUCUACAGGGAGCAGGUGGAGUUUGUGCCCGGGCCUUUCUCGCUGGGAAGAUGGGGGGGUGUUGUUAAUGGGGUGUCGGUGAGUUGGGUGGUGGGGAUUAGUGCGGUGUUGUUUUUGCCGAUGAGGGUGCCUGUUACGGGGGCUAACAUGAAUUAUGGGAUUUGUGUGGGUGCGUUUAUUGCUGCUUUUGCGCUGAUUUGGUGGCGGGUUUCUGCGAGGGGGAAAUACACAGGCCCUAGGACCAAUGAUUAUUCACGACUAGACGGGGACGACUACGGAACUAUACACCACGACCUAGAAGGAUAGAUAUCAAAGACAUAGAUAUACAGAUUCAUGCUAAACAAUACAAUACAAGACCAUACUCCAAAUUCAAUAUAGC